AAAAAUGUAGUCCUAAGUGGUAUCUAUUGUGUGCUGAAGAGAGUAUAUUAAUAUUUAAUUUAGUUUAGUUUAUAUGAUUUUUCAAAGUUCUUUUCUAAGGCGAUUUUUUGAGAAUUUUUGGUUAUACUUGGCUUUUUCGCCCCAAGGAUUUUUUUUUACAAAAAAUAUGUAAUAAUCAAAGUUGAAGCACAACUAAUUACCUUUCCAACAAACCUAAAUUUUUGAAGUUGUGUUCUCUAGAACCCGAGAUAUAACGGAUAAUAUAAGGCAAAACAGAGAAAAUAUAAAAAAAUAAUAAUUAAAGAAAAUUGUGACGUAUAGGAGAAAAACCAAAAGCAGAUUCUUGAUCAGGGGACUCGAUUCUACCAAACGUACCAUGUGAGAUCCGUUUGCUAAAAAAAAGUUGUCAAUUUGUUGCAUAGUGUUAUACUCCAUUUCAAGUACCUAUAUUACCACAUCUUCUUCCUGUCUCUAAAAAGGAACUGGAUAUCUAAGUACGCGCGGACUCACGCAUUGUUGAAAAUGGCUGGACUACAAAUGUUAGUAGAUAUAAAAGAUUUGAUAUCGACUCUGAUUAAAAAGCAAGACGAAAGUGAUAAAAAAUUGGAUGAGGUGCAAAAAAUUGUUUUGGAGAUAGGUAAUAAGGUCUCCCAAUGCGCAACUAAGAUGAAAGAGUUGUCCGUGAAGCAGGCACGCUUGGAGGCAGCCACAAAGCUUAUUUAUGGGAAAAUUGCCGAUACGGUGUACAUUUUUCCCAUAAAUAGUUUGGAGGCUUUUUUCCAACUGGAAAAGGAAGUCGUGGAAGAUGGAACACGCCGGGCAACAGUCGAAGCUGAAUUAAGGAAAAUUAUUCGCCAAAAUGAUGAAUUUUGGUUGGAAAAGGUGAUAGAGGUUGAGCUGCUAAAUGAGUUCACCGUGCAGAAAAUUAUAGGAAAACAUUCGCUCUUAGACUCCGCUGUGAUAAAAUAUUCAAUGAAAUGGUUAAAGUGCUCAAACUCAGCGCUGUCAAUCCAGUUGCGGAAACUGAAGGACAGGAAUUACAAGAGGCAGAAAAACGUAAAGAGGAAGGAACAGGAGGGCGAGGAAGUAGGGGAGGUGAUGGACAUGGCGAAGCAGUCUUCAGCAGUCGUCAACGAAGAAAUAACGAAGAUGUUAGUCGAAGAGCCAAUGAAGAAGCCAAACGGCAGAAGGAGGCUGGGCACCAACACUAAGACGGCGGUAGACGCAGUAUUAUGUAUUUACAAUUAUUUUGAAUUAUUAUUAUGUACAAUUAAAUGGGAAAUAAAAUAAUUCAGUAAAAAAAAAUAAAAUUUUGUAGUUC